CUUUCACGAGCUACACACCAUAGAAAGUAGAAUCCCUUAUCUCUGAGUCUGAGUCCGAGUCUGAUACUGAUGCUGAGCACAGCAAUAAUACCCAACUCCACUUGCCUCUUGCUCUUACAGAGAAAACAAACACUGCGCUGCAUGCGUAUCAUAUGACUUUGUUACAUUUCCAUUGGUCUAUUCGUCCAUUUAGCUACUCACAUGUUUAUGGUUCUUUGUCACUCUCUUUUUCUUUUUCUUUUGCUUUUUUCAUAAAACAAAAAAAAAAGGAGAGAAAAGAAGAAGAAAAAGCAUAUCUUUAUCAUUCAAAAGAUAUUUACAAAGUUCAGUGGCAUUGUUCCAAGCCAAAAGGUUUCUUUCUCCUUUUUUAAACAAGUCAAUCGAUGAAGAUUUUGGAGAUUGUCAUGUCUCUUCCUUCCAUCUUUCUUUAUAAACCAUUGACUGGGGUUCAGUUGACAGCCAUCUCCAAACACUGACAUAUUUGACUAAAACCCGAAAGGAGGACACAGUUGCUCCAGGACCCUAGUGCUAAUAUUAGUAGUACCGAAGGUUCAUUACUAGAGAGAGCAUAUGCCUGGGGAUAAGUACAACAGUAAUUCAUCCCACAUCCCAAAUCGAGUUGAACGGCUCUUGAGAGAAAGGGAGCUAAGGAAGAAUAGCAGGGCCUCCCACUUGAAUGAAGCACAACCAUUUGAGCCUGACUUACAGUUAAGAGAAGAUGAAAACUCAAAAGUUGCCUAUGUUGAACAAUUCUUGGAAGGGGCUGCAGCUGCAAGGGCGCUUACUGAUGGAUGUGAAAAGCAAGAAGGGCGGCCUCUCAGACAACGACAACGACUGUUGGUUGUGGCCAACAGGUUACCCGUCUCUGCAGUUAGGAGAGGUGAAGAUUCAUGGUCUCUGGACAUAAGUGCUGGGGGUCUGGUCAGUGCCCUUUUAGGUGUAAAGGAGUUUGAAGCAAGGUGGAUUGGUUGGGCAGGGGUAAAUGUGCCAGAUGAAAUUGGGCAGAAGGCACUUACUAAAGCUCUAGCUGAGAAGAGGUGUAUCCCUGUUUUUCUUGAUGAGGAGAUUGUUCAUCAAUAUUACAAUGGAUAUUGCAACAACAUUUUGUGGCCCCUUUUCCAUUACCUUGGACUUCCACAAGAAGAUCGACUUGCCACCACCCGGAGUUUCCAGUCUCAGUUUGCUGCAUAUAAGAAGGCAAAUCAAAUGUUUGCUGAUGUGGUCAAUGAGCACUAUUUGGAGGGUGAUGUAGUUUGGUGCCAUGAUUACCAUCUUAUGUUUCUUCCAAAAUGCCUGAAGGAUUACAACAGCAAAAUGAAAGUUGGUUGGUUUCUCCACACCCCAUUUCCUUCUUCUGAAAUCCAUAGGACACUGCCAUCACGAUCAGAACUUCUCCGUUCAGUUCUUGCAGCUGAUUUAGUCGGUUUUCACACUUAUGACUAUGCACGGCACUUUGUUAGUGCUUGCACUCGCAUUCUUGGACUUGAGGGUACACCUGAAGGAGUUGAGGAUCAAGGGAGGCUUACUCGAGUGGCUGCGUUCCCUAUUGGAAUAGAUUCAGAGCGCUUCAUACGUGCACUGGAGGUUCCUCAAGUCCAAGAACACAUUAGAGAAUUGAAAGAAAGAUUUGCCGGGCGAAAGGUAAUGUUAGGUGUCGAUCGCCUUGAUAUGAUUAAAGGAAUUCCACAAAAGAUACUGGCAUUUGAAAAGUUUCUUGAGGAAAACCCAAGUUGGCGUGACAAAGUGGUUUUACUGCAAAUUGCGGUGCCAACAAGAACGGAUGUUCCAGAGUAUCAAAAACUUACAAGCCAGGUUCAUGAAAUUGUUGGGCGAAUUAAUGGCAGAUUUGGAACUUUGACUGCUGUCCCAAUACAUCACCUGGAUCGUUCCCUUGACUUUCAUGCAUUAUGUGCACUAUAUGCUGUUACAGAUGUAGCACUUGUCACUUCCCUGAGAGAUGGAAUGAAUCUUGUCAGUUACGAGUUUGUGGCAUGCCAAGAUGCAAAGAAAGGGGUCCUCAUUCUUAGUGAGUUUGCUGGUGCCGCACAGUCUCUAGGUGCUGGAGCAAUUCUAGUGAACCCAUGGAACAUCACAGAAGUUGCCAAUUCAAUUGCCCAAGCAUUAAAUAUGGCCUCUGAAGAAAGAGAGAAGCGGCAUAAGCAUAACUUUAUACAUGUGACAACCCACACUGCCCAGGAAUGGGCCGAAACGUUUGUAAGUGAACUUAACGACACUGUCGUAGAGGCACAAAUAAGGACUAGACAGGUGCCACCACCGCUUCCAAACAAGGAGGCUAUUGAAAGAUAUUCGAAAGCAAGUAAUCGAUUGAUCAUACUGGGAUUCAACGCAACAUUAACUGAACCAGUGGACACACCUGAGAGACGAGGUGAUCAAAUAAAAGAAAUGGAACUUAAACUGCACCCAGAGUUGAAAGAACCCUUGUCAGCACUCUGCAAUGAUCCACAAACAACUAUUGUUGUCCUCAGCGGGAGUGCCACAGAAGUUUUAGAUGAUAACUUCGGGGAGCUUGACAUGUGGUUGGCAGCUGAAAAUGGGAUGUUUUUGCGCCUAACAAAGGGAAAAUGGAUGACAACAAUGCCCGAACAUUUGAAUAUGGAAUGGGUUGAGAGUGUGAAGCAUGUUUUUGAGUAUUUCACAGAGAGAACACCCCGGUCACAUUUGGAUGACCGUGCAACUUCGCUUGUGUGGAAUUAUAAAUAUGCAGAUGUUGAUUUUGGAAGACUUCAAGCAAGAGAUAUGCUGCAGCAUCUCUGGACUGGUCCAAUUUCUAAUGCAUCUGUUGAUGUUGUUCAAGGUAGCCGGUCUGUCGAGGUGCGACCAGUUGGUGUCACAAAGGGUGCAGCAAUUGACCGUAUAUUGGGAGAGAUAGUUCACAGUAAAUCUAUGACUACACCCAUUGAUUAUGUGCUGUGUAUUGGACAUUUUCUAGGAAAGGAUGAAGAUGUUUACACCUUUUUUGAGCCAGAUCUUCCGCCUGAGCCGAUGGGUCUUCCAAGAAAGAUGACUGAUGGACAAAAGUUACCUAGUGAGAGAAGAUCUUCAUUGAAGGUUCCAUCAAAUAAAAAUGCCUCAAAAUCAGCUCAGAGCAAGACACAACGACUUUUACUAAAUGGUGAGAAGAAGAAUGCCAAUCACAGCAAUGGGAAUCCACGAUGGCCGUCUCCUGAGAAGAUUUCAUGGAAUGUACUUGACCUGAAGAGGGAGAACUACUACUCUUGUACUGUCGGCCGGACGCGUACAAAUGCUCGAUAUCUGCUUCAGUCUUCGGAUGAUGUUGUCUCAUUUCUGACGGAGCUGGCUGGUGCCUCUUCGGCAAGUUCUUAAUCUCAAGAUUGAGAGAUAUAAUGCUCUCAAGUUUUCGGAAAGUGUACCUUCGCUUAGCCGUAAUUUCGCUUUUGAAUACUAUUGCAUUGUAGAUAUUUUACUGCUUCAAUUGAAAUAUUAGAUUUACUCUUAGAUUAGGUACUAAAAAGGCAUCUAAACCACAGUGAUGGUCAAAGAUUUAGGAAGAACAAAAUGAGAAACUCAGAGCAUCCUUCUUGAAUAUGCAGUAAUUCCCUUAUUAUUAAUCUAAACCACAGUGAUGGUCAAAGUUUUACAUAAUUUCCACCAUCGAAGUAAUUAUUCAUUGAAUUCUCGAGAUGAACACUUUUGAGAAACUUGAGAGCAUAAUAUCUCUCAAUCUGGAGAUGAAGAGCUUGCCGAAGAUGCACCAGCCAACUCCUUCAGAAAUGAGACAACAACAUCUGAAGACUGAAGCAUCUAUCCAGCAUUUGUGCAUGUCACAGAACCGUCGAAAUUUUUUCGGAUCCGACGACAUUGCAUCUAGUUGAAGGCUUUGCUGAAGCUUUAGGAGUUUGGCUGCUGCUAGUGUUUGGGAUGAAUGGCAGGCAUUAUACUAUCUAGCAUCUACAAGUGCAUCCACAUUACUAUUGUGUUUUCUGAGAGAGGUUUCCUCAACCCUUAUUUUCGUUUUUCAUUUGUCCAUUUCAAAAAAAGUAAUUCAUCUCAUCUCCUUGGCAAAUUUAU